AAAUGUACUGAUCUAUAUCGUAUACAAAAAGGAUAAACAUUUGUUUUAUAUUCCAUGCGUAUUGUCAAAACUGUGAUAUCAAAAUGAUCUCUCACGUAAUGACUCUUGCUAAUGGUAUAAUUGGCGUUAGCGUAUUAGCCAUGCCGUUUUGUUUCAAACAAUGUGGUAUUGUCUUGGCGACGUUAGUUCUUUUAUUAAGUAGCAUACUAUCUCGAUUGGCGUGCCACUUUCUCAUUAAGUCUGCGGUAAUGUCUCGCCGAAGAAACUUUGAGUUUCUUGCGUUUCAUGCGUUUGGACCUAUGGGAAAGUUUUUAGUCGAAUUAUGUAUUAUAGGAUUUUUAUUAGGAACUUGUAUAGCAUUUUUUGUUGUCGUCGGAGAUUUAGGUCCGCAGAUUAUUGGAGAAAUGAUUAAUAAGAGUCCAGAAGAUAUAAGAACUAGCUUUCUCAUAACAACUGGAAUUUUUAUCGUCUUACCACUAGGCUUAUUGAGAAACAUUGAUAGUCUCGCGAGUGUCAGUACUGCAUCCAUUGCAUUUUAUAUCUGUUUGGUUUUGAAAGUAAUAGCUGAAUCAACGCAUCAUAUUUUUUCUGCAGACUGGCUUGAGAAAAUUCAUUAUUGGAGACCAAGCGGCAUUCUUCAGUGUUUACCCAUUUUCUCUUUAGCUCUUUUUUGCCAAACCCAGUUGUUUGAAAUCUACGAGGCUAUGCCCAAUGCUAGUUUAGAAAAAAUGAAUCAAGUAGUUAGAGGAGCAUUAAAUAUCUGUACAAGCGUUUAUCUUUGUGUAGGACUGUUUGGAUAUAUCGCUUUUUCCAAUCAGCCAUUUACAGGAAAUAUUUUACUAAGUUUUGAACCGAGUUUGACUUCUGAAAUAAUUAAAAUAGGUUUUGUACUGUCAGUCGCAUUCAGUUUUCCGCUAGUCAUUUUUCCAUGCAGAGCAAGUUUGAAUUCCUUGCUAUUCAAACAAGGCUAUGCACACGAAACCUCGACUAGCUAUAUAAGCGAAGCAAGAUUUAGAUGCCUUACAACUUUCAUUGUAACAAUAGCAUUAAUCGCCGGAGUACUCAUUCCUAAUAUUGAGUUUGUCUUGGGCAUAGUUGGAUCGACGAUUGGCGUUAUAAUAUGUCUUAUAUUCCCCGCUGCUUUUUUUAUAUCAAUUAGCACAAAAAAUACCAAUGAAAGGUUGCUCGCUCAGAUUAUUGUCAUUAUUGGAAUGUGGAUUAUGAUUCUUGGGACAUACGCAAAUCUAUAUGCAAUGGAACAAUCAGUUAUUUCUAGAAAUGCAGCAACAACUAUAAAAUUUUCUAAUCACGUAAAUAAUAUGCCUCGUGAACUGGCUAAUAAUGAAGUGCUGAUCAGACCCGAUGAACCGAAACAGCCUGAUGAUUUAUUAAAUAUAAAGGAUGAUGCUGACAUGCCGAAAUUACAAGUUCCUAUUAAACCUAUCGAUAAUGAUAAUGUGCGUCAAGAGCCUCCAGUACCUGUGGAACGAUUACCGGACACGGAACAAUUACAAAAAGUAAAGGAAAUUGUUCUGAAACCUGUGACGGAGAGACGGAAAUUUCAAGACGCAGAGCAUAAAAUCAACCGAUUCGAUAAGGAAUUGAUGAAAGAAGCUAAAAUAGUAUAUGAUGCGUUGAAGAAAAAUGAAGAAAAAGAUGAAUUACUUAUAAAACCAGAAGAAAAUUCAUUGAUUGUUAAAGCAGAUAAAUUAAUUAAUUCCGUUUCGAAAAAUGAUGCUAUAGCAGUUGAUGCGAUAAAAAAAGAAGAAUCAGAAUUAGCAGCUGAUAAGGAAAAUAGAAUACAGAAUGAAAAUUUAAAAAACAUUAAAAACGUUUCAUUAAAUACCAAUUUUGAUAAAAAAUCUGAGAAUUCAUUUAGAGAGUCUAAAGAUCCUAUCAUUAAAGUAUUAACCAAACAGUCGAAUAAGCUUUUUAAUGAAAAUGAAGCCAGUAACCAGACAAAUAAAAAUGCCAAUUCACCUUUAAAAAAUAAUACUAAAAGCCAUACUGAUUUUAUCGCUGCAAGAAGAAAUAUUUUAGAUGAGCAUCAAAGAGGAAAGCGAAUGACUCAUAUGGAAGAUAUCGAUACUUCUAAGACACAUUUCAAUGAAACAAUGGAAAAUCAUGUUAAUAAUUCGACAAUUGAGGAAGCUGUAGAUUACAAAGUAAUUUAUCCGAAAAAGUGGAGCGAUUUACAGAAAAAAGAUGUGAAAAAGGAAGGAAAUAUCGAGGAGCUAGAUAACGAAGACAAUUUAGAAAAUUUAAUUAGAACCAGUGCUUACUUGUCCGAACAGAAUGUUAUGAAAAAAAUUUCGAUUAACACCGAUGUAAACGAAGGUAGCACUUUCAUUAAAUUGAUGAAGAGAGAUUUAAAAACUUUAAAGUCGGAAAGUGACAACGAAAAAUAGUUUGUUAUAACCAUAUUAUUAUUAUUUAUUAAUUAUUAUGCAUUUUAUUAUUGAAAUAAUGUAGACAAUAUU